GCCAUUGGACGCCCACACAUGCCUGCCUACUGGUCUCUGGGAUUUCAUCUCUCCCGAUGGGGUUAUGGCAGCAUUGACGUUUUAAAGAAAACUGUCGAUCGCAUGCACUACUAUGAUAUCCCAUACGAUGUCCAGUAUCUUGAUAUCGACUACAUGGAACGUCGCCUGGAUUUUACCUAUGAUAAAGUGAAUUUUGCAGGUCUGCCAGAGUACCUCCAACAGCUGAAGAAGGAAGGAAUGCACAAGGUCGUGAUUCUGGACCCUUUCAUAACUAAGGACGAAGAACCGGGCACUUACAGGCCUUAUGAUCUUGGAGAGGAAAUGGGAGUCUGGGUGAACAACUCCGAUGGCGUAACUCCUGCUGUUGGAAAGGCCUGGCCUCCCGGAGACUCGGUGUUCCCUGACUACACCAACCCCAGGACAGUCGAGUGGUGGACCCAGAUGUGUCUGGAGUUCAAGGAAGUCCUUGACUACGAUGGCAUCUGGAUUGAUAUGAAUGAACCAUCCAAUUUCUUAAGAGGCCAGUAUCCUGGAUGUGCUGUUAAUGAUAUCAAUGACCCUCCUUACAUUCCUAGCAUUUCUGAUCGUUCCCUGGCGCAAAAGACGUUGUGUCCCGACUCCAAGACUUACCUUGGAGAGCAUUAUAACACACACUCUCUCUUCGGCUGGUCACAGACAGCACCAACUUUCCAUGUUGUCCAGCAAGCAACCGGAAAGCGAGCGUUUGUCUUGAGUCGGUCUACAUUUGUUGGCAGUGGGAAGCAUGGGGGUCACUGGCUGGGUGACAACUUCUCUCGAUGGAAGGACAUGCACCACUCUAUCAUUGGAAUCCUGGAAUUCAACCUCUUUGGCAUCCCCUACAUCGGUGCUGAUAUCUGUGGGUUUAACUAUAACACUACCUAUGAACUCUGCUUGCGCUGGAUGCAGCUUGGCUCUUUCUAUCCAUUUUCCAGAAACCACAAUGCAGAGGGAAAUAGUGAACAAGACCCAGCAGUGUUCGGAGAAGAGUUUGCCAAGAUAUCUCGUGCUACGCUUCAGAUCAGAUACUCACUGCUGCCAUACUUAUACACCUUGUUCUUCGAGUCUCAUGUUCACGGAAACACGGUGGUGCGGUCACUGAUGCACGAAUUUACCUCCGAUCAGCAGACUCAUGGAAUAGACACUGCCUUCCUUUGGGGACCUGCUUUUAUGAUUGCUCCCGUUCUUCAAGAG